AGUGUACAUGAAACUGUCCAUUGUCAGACUGCAACCUGUAACCAGUGACCUGUAAUUCUGCUAGUAAUAGCACACAGAGAAUGGAAUCUCUUUGGUUUAUCUUGAUGAUUUGUGAGUACAUUUUAUUGGAAUUUUAGAGGGUCUUCUUAAUGAAUAGCCUGAUUUGAUUAUACACAUUUCUUUCUUUGACUGUAAUAGAAAAUAGCCUAAUGUGUUGUAAUCUAUCAAACAGUGUUCAUCGUCAAGCCACGGCAGUCUGUGGAGUCUGUGUUUCGAGAGGUCCAGCUUGGAGAUACUGCCAUUUUGUCCUGUGAUAUCUCUUACCAUUACGAGACAACCUGGUUGAAGCACAAUCCUGAUCAGACUCCUGCCGUUGUGCUGUUUGCGAGUCUAAAUGGUGGAACUAUAAUCUAUGGGUACCAACACAAUCUUCGUUUCGAGGCAGACAUUUCCAACAGGUCAUUGGCAUUGAAAAUCAGGACCGUUGAGAAUGCAGACCUUGGAUUGUAUUACUGCAUGGGAAAGGUUGACAAAAUGAUGAUGCUUGGGGGAGGAAGCAGACUUCAUGGUAAGAGGGGAUUUUUGCUAAUCAAAACCAUACGUGUAUUUUUCACAAAAUACCAUGUAAUACCAUGUUUAUUCUCACAUUAAUCUUGGCACCCAGAACCAAAUCUGACUUGCGCUGGCCAGCGACUCAAUUUAGAAUAUAACAUUUUAAUUGUUAAAUCUGUCACAAGAGAAUAUUCUCACAUCUAAAACAUUCUGCCUCAGAGGCCUUAUGUUCAGUCUCUCAAACUGUGACCUUUGAACUUUACAAACCUAUUUAUCAUCACUGGUGGUACACCUAGUCAUCAACCAAUCUCAUAAGUUAUUUAUGUCACUAUUUUUCAGUGUCUGGCCUUGAAACUAUAAAUGAAUCUUCUACCACUUGUGGACAAGGUAACAUAAAUCUAUAAACUAAAUGAUAUUACAACUUAAAUACUGUUAUACUGCAUGCAACACUAACAAAAUGAGCCAUGCAAAUUUCCUAAUGUAGCAUAAUAUCAGCAGGUAAAGCUACCCCUGCCUCCCUCCUAUACUUCUCAUUUUAGCUUCGCCUGCAAUGUCUAUUGGUACCUCCGGGCUAUCCUUCUUUCAUCUGCAUGCAGCUGCAGUUGGACUGGGUCUGGUGGGGAUGAUACUGGCAGUUUGCAUCACUCAUCACAAGACCAAGAAAAGAAACAUGACAACCUAAACGCUCCGGUCCAAAUAAGCUGCUCUGUAUGCUUGUCUUGCCCAGUGUGUUUCAGUGUCUGAUUACAGUAUAAUAUCUGAAGAAACCUGAAUGCCAUAGUCCUACAGCAUGAAUUUUUUAUUAUUAUUUAUCUUAAGACAAUUAUAUUAUGGUCAAGAGCUCUGGAAUUUGGGUCAAGUUUAUCAGGAAGGAAGGAAUUAUUUUGUCUCAGUGUGUAAUAUUUCCUGCUGCAAAUUUUGUUAUUCGGAUUUGUAUUGCUCUUGGGCUUUGUGAAAUAAAAAUAAAUAAAGACUGC